AAAGAUGUCAUAGCAAGUAAAGAAGGUUGGAGAGAGCAGGCAGCCUUAAGAAGAAGCCUUUCUCUUUGGUUGAUUGUUCUAAAGCCAAGAAAGGAAUUUUCAUAUUCACUUCUUUGGUUUUCCUAAAUAGAAGCAUUACCACCUUCAUUAAACUUGAUUUUUUCUUCAAACCCAUCUCAAAUUAAAGACUCAAAAAUGGGGGUAGGAGGUACUCUGGAGUAUAUAUCUGAUUUAAUAGGAAGUGCUGGCCAUAACCACAAGAAGAAGAAGAAGCAAUUACAGACUGUGGAGCUUAAGGUCAGGAUGGACUGUGAUGGGUGUGAGCUUAAGGUCAAGAACACCCUCUCUUCAAUGAGUGGAGUUAAGAAGGUGGAGGUAAACAGGAAGCAACAGAAGGUGACUGUAACUGGGUUUGUGGAGGCAAACAAGGUGUUGAAGAAAGCUAAGUCAACAGGGAAGAAAGCAGAGAUAUGGCCUUAUGUUCCAUACAAUCUGGUGGCUCAGCCUUACAUAGCUCAACAUUAUGACAAGAAGGCCCCUCCUGGUUAUGUCAGGAAGGUAGAAACCACUGCAGCAAAUGCUACUGUGACCAGAAAUGAAGAUCCUUACAUCUUCAUGUUCAGUGAUGACAACCCAAAUGCUUGUUCUGUCAUGUAACUAAGCAAGAAAAAUCACUGUCCACUAAUCCAAAUGCCUGUUUUGGCAAGUACUUGCUUGUAGUUUUGCAGAGGGUUGGUUUUGGUGGGACUAGAAGUCUAGAUUGGUAUUGGGUAUUUGAUGGAAUAAAUAAUGUGGGUUGUUUAAGUUGCUAUAAAGGCACCUGUAUAUAGUACCUUUCUUUGUCUUUGUUCA